GGGAGAGGAACAUCACGUGCCGAAACGCUCGUUUAAUUUCCGUCCUUCCGUCGUCGUCGUCGCUGACGCUGGCUCAGGCAAGCCUGGACUCACCAACACAGCCAACCAACUCCCAACGUCCUCUGCCCUAUUAAAAGCCGCUCCAAUUCGGAGAGAAAGCCACAGACCGAUCGACGACAAGGGAGCCCUCCCCUACUCUCCCCGCCUUCUUCAAAACACAUUCGGAGAGCUGCUAGCUAGCGUCUCCGUGGAGGCGGAAAACAUUAACCAAUUUGGAGAGGGAGAGGCUUCGAUUGAUUGCAUCGACACGAUGGCUACGGACAAGAAGCGAGGGGACGAUGACGCGUCCCGCCGGGAGGCGCUGCUGAACGCCGACGUCCGGAAGGAGUGGCAGGUGGCGGCGGCCGGCAGCGACGACGACAAGCCGCUCGGGCGGAUGGUGUUGGAGGAGUCGAGGCUGCUGUGGGAGAUCGUGGCGCCCGCCAUCUUCAGCCGCAUCGCCACCUUCAGCAUGAACGUCAUCACGCAGGCCUUCGCGGGCCACCUCGGCGACCUCGAGCUCGCCGCCAUCUCCAUCGCCAACACCGUCAUCGUCGGCUUCAACUUCGGCCUCAUGCUGGGCAUGGCGAGCGCGCUGGAGACGCUGUGCGGGCAGGCGUUCGGCGCCAAGAAGUUCCACAUGAUGGGGGUGUACAUGCAGCGCUCCUGGAUCGUGCUCCUCCUGUGCGCGGUGCUCCUCCUGCCCAUGUACUUCUUCGCCGAGGACGUGCUCCUACUGACGGGGCAGUCGCCGGAGCUGUCGGCGAUGACCGGCCGGGUCUCCGUGUGGUUCAUCCCGCUCCACUUCUCCUUCGCCUUCCUCUUCCCGCUGCAGCGGUUCCUGCAGUGCCAGAUGAAGAACUUAAUCAGCGCCGCCGCAUCCGGGGUCGCGCUCGCCAUCCACCUCUUCGUCAGCUGGCUCUUCAUCUCCAAGUUCCAGUUCGGGCUCGUCGGCAUCGCGCUCACGCUCAACUUCUCGUGGUGGGCCACCGCCGCCAUGCUCUACGCCUACGUCUCCUGCGGUGGGUGCCCGGAGACGUGGCACGGUUUCUCCCUCGAGGCCUUCACCGGCAUGUGGGAUUUCCUCAAGCUCUCCUCCGCAUCGGGCGUCAUGCUGUGCUUGGAGAACUGGUACUAUAGGAUCCUCGUCUUGCUGACAGGAAACCUCCCGGACGCGGCUAUUGCAGUGGAUGCACUCUCCAUCUGCAUGACGAUUAACGGGUGGGAGAUGAUGAUUCCCCUUGCGUUCUUCGCAGGCAGUGGAGUGCGUGUGGCGAACGAGCUCGGCGCCGGCAACGGCAAGGGUGCCAGGUUCGCGACCAUCGUGUCAUCGAUUACCUCGCUGGUGAUCGGGCUCUUCUUCUGGGUGCUCGUCAUGGUUCUCCACCACAAGUUCGCCAUCAUCUUCACCUCCAGCAACGUCGUGCUGGCCGCCGUCGACCACCUCUCCGUUCUUCUGGCCUUGACCAUCCUCCUCAACAGCAUCCAGCCCGUCCUCUCAGGUGUUGCCGUUGGGUCGGGUUGGCAAUCCAUGGUGGCCUACGUCAACAUCGGCAGCUACUACCUCAUCGGCAUUCCCAUGGGCAUCCUGCUCGGAUGGCUCUUCAACCUUGGCGUGCUGGGAAUCUGGGCGGGCAUGAUCGGCGGAACCGCCGUCCAGACGCUCAUCCUGGCAAUCAUCACGGUCCGCUGCGACUGGGAAAAGGAGGCCCUCAUCGCGAGCACGCGCAUGGAGAACCUGUCGGAACCGGAAGUUAGUUGAUGGCGAAAUUUCAUUUUUUUUUCUCUGGGGUAGUACGUGUGUCACCAUAUUUUGCCGCAUGGGAGAAGAACGAAGAAGAAGCUCAAGGGUAGCAUUUAACGAGAUGGACCGUUGCCAGCAUGAAGCCGGAGGUCCGUUUCACUGAGUUUCGUAGUCUUCGUCUUUCUGCAUAGGCGAGAACAUUUCACGUCUUUGCACACACUAGUACCGUGCAAGCUAGCAUUUCCCAUGCAAGAGAAAUGUACAAGCAUGCCGAAUGGAUUCGCUUCCAUAUAAAAAAAAAAGGAAAAAAAAUCUGAAGUGUUUCUCUCCCUUUCGGCUUAGUUCCAGUGAUGGGUUCAUGGCUUUAUUUACUGUACAUACGGUCCAUCCCAUCAGCUGCUGGUUAUUCAAACAGAAAAAAGAAACUACUGAUCUAGAC